CUCUAUUAUAUAUUGCAGGAUAAGACAAAUAGUAGUCCUCAACAGUUUAGUAUGGUCUUUAAAUCCCCACAUUUGCCCCUCACCUGCCUGACAUCAUUUUCUUCUCAUCAUCUAUUCACUAUUUAUCUCAGCAUUGAUAUUCAAAUACAACUUUAUAUCCCAAUGGAUGUCUUCCGCCCUGGAGCCACGGCUGUGAUUACCGGCGCUGCCUCAGGCAUUGGUUUCGCAGCCGCACAGCUCUGCCACCGCCACGGGAUGGACCUCGUGCUGCUCGACAUCAACGGAGAGAAUCUCAAGAAAGCUGCCGGAAUCCUCCCAUCCACGCCCGAAAUAGCCGUUUCCACCUUUGUUCUAGAUGUGUCGCGACGGGAGGAGUGGGAAGAAGUCAAAACGAAAGUGCUUGCGAAGCAUCCGCGGGGCAUCGACCUGCUGAUGCUCAACGCCGGACGAUCCUGCAAGCCCGCCGAGGGGAAGACAGCGUGGCAGGAUGCGAGGUACUUUGAGACGACAUUUGCGACAAACACAUUCGGGUAUACCAAUGGUCCUGCCGCUUUUCUCGACUGCGUGAUCGAUGGUGAUGAUGACCAAGAGAAGAAGAGGGCGGUUAUUUUGACCGGCUCCAAGCAAGGCAUCACCAACCCGCCAGGAAACCCGGCAUACAACGCGUCCAAGAGCGCCGUCAAGAGCAUCGCCGAGCAGCUCUCUUUCGAUCUGCACGGCCGCCAUCCACAUGUCAGCGUGCAUCUGUUGGUGCCCGGAUGGGUGUACACGGGGAUGAUGACCGAGCACUUCCCCACGAAACCCGCUGGAUGCUGGACGCCCGAGGAGACGGUGGAAUUUCUGGUCCGGAAGAUGCAAAAGGGCAGCUUCUAUAUCAUCUGUCCGGAUAACGAGGUCACAGAGGAGAUGGACGCCAAGAGGAUUGCGUGGGCGUGCAAUGAUAUUGUCCAGGACCGGCCGGCGUUAUCUCGUUGGCGGGCGGAUUGGAAGGAGAGAGCCGAAGCUGGGUGUAAUUGAUUUUUACAAGGGAUACUAGAAUUGUCAGUCAGGCUGUACAGCUUCCCUGCCUUGGCUAUAGUAUACUUUAAUUAAAUUAUGGCAGUGAGGAUAAUACUAG